UAAAAAUAUGGUUAUUAUAACAUUUUAAUCAACAAAAAUGUAUAUGAAGAACAGUGUGUCGUAUGUACAGGAUAAGAUUAUAGACGAAGAAAUGUAUGUGUGAGGGAAAAACAGGAAAUAGAAGCUCACUCAUAGUAGUGUACAUAUCGCAUCUUCUAUCACAGAUAUAAUGUAAAAAGAUUAAAUUGAUAAGAUCGUCAGAAAAUAAUGAUUAUUUUUAUAAACAAUACCUGUUGAAGAAUUCGGUAAGCUCUCAGUACCUUGUAGAUUGUAGAACUGACUCAACUGACAAUAUGAAUACAUUUCAAAAUAUAAGUAACGUAUCCAAAUAAAUCCCACGUCAAUAGUGGACUCUUUGGCUGAGACAAUGAUGAUUCUCCCAAAGAAUUGCUGUAUCCUUACAAUAGACCGUUGAAAAUUUAUGAGACGUAUGAUGAGAUAUGAUAAACGGUAUCAAAAUUUUAUUGUGUCAUAUAGCUUCGAUAAGAUUUAUCGCAAAGAUUAAGAUUUUCGAUUUCCGAUGACGAUAAAAAAACUUGGUGUACUCAAUGAUGUCGUCGGAAAUAUAUUAGUACAAACAGUGUUAAGGAGCGGAACUAAAAUUAAUUACAAAAAUGCACCCACCACCACCACCGCCUCCCCCUGGCGCCCACUUGGAGACUAUUGCCAUGGUUCCUGAGCCCCAGGCCUCCCCACUUUUGGUGAUGAUGAAUAUAAUCAAUUCUUUAACACAUAUGUUAUUGGGUGCAGUUGCUUGCAGCUCUUUCAUUUUAGUCCAGCUAGGAUUGUGGAGUGCGUCAUUUUCUCAGCAUGUCUACUUGUGUGUUACAGGGUACAUAAUUUUGAUGUCAGUGGCCAUCAUGUCGUAUGACCCCAACACGAGCUGGUCGAGACACCUAAAGUACCAGGAGAAAAAGACCAGUCAUAUCCUCCUCCAAAUCGUGGGUUCAGUGUUAGCAAUCACUGGAAGCAUCAUACGAAUUAAAAACUUGAACACCAAUUUCGAAACUACUCAUGGCAUUUUAGGACUUGUAGCCAUGAUAUUAACGAUGAUGAGUCUUAUCGGAGGGUUGAUAAAUUUGUUCUUAUCAGGGAGUAAAAACAGUCUUCUAUUAAAAACCGUACACUCAUGUGUGGGCUCCCUAGCCUUGGUUAUAGCCUUCAUAUGCCUCUGUUUCGGCUUCGAUAACGUGUACAGAGCCAUUUUCGGUAAUGCUGCAGCUAAUAUGUCUAUAUCUUUUACAAUUUUUGCUUUAGUCGGCGUUCUUCUGCCUCCCGUUGUUAAUACAUUUAACAGGAUAUUUAAUUAGGCCAAUUAAAAUUAACUAAUUUCAAGCUUUAUUAUUUUUACACCACCAUAAGCUAAGUACAUGAUUAUAUCUUCUCGUAGAUUGGACGAAAUCAUUGUCAAGAAAAGCAAACCUUUGUAUUGAUAAAUCGGUAUGAAGAAUUUUGUUUAUACUUUGUGAAACAGUCGUCUAUUAUGUGUAUUGAAU